GUGUGGACAUUGUCAGCGCCUCCAGCCAACUUGGAAUGAUUUGGGAGAUAAAUACAACAACAUGGAAAACCCACAGGUCUAUGUUGUUAAAGUGGAUUGUACUGUAGAUAUUCCACUGUGCUCUGAAUUUGGCGUGCGAGGAUACCCUACGCUAAAGUUGCUUAAACCAGGACAAGAACCUCUGAAAUACCAAGGCCCUAGGGACUUCCAGGCACUGGAAAACUGGAUGUUGGAGAAACUAAAUGAGGAACCAUCUGACCCUGAAUCUGAUGUGGAAGCACCAAAAGCCCCUGAACCUAAGCAGGGAAUGUAUGAACUCUCAGCAGACAAUUUCAAGAUGCACAUAGCAGAAGGUAAUCACUUCAUCAAGUUCUUUGCCCCUUGGUGUGGUCACUGCAAGGCUUUGGCCCCAACCUGGGAACAGUUGGCUCAAGCCUUUGAGCAUUCGGAAACUGUCAAAAUUGGUAAGGUCGACUGUACCCAGCAUUAUGAAGUCUGCUCUGAAGCCCAAGUUCGUGGUUACCCCACACUCCUCUGGUUUAGGAAUGGUGAAAAGGAUGACCAGUACAAAGGGAAGAGGGAUUUUGAUUCCUUGAAAGAAUACGUGGAUUCCCAGCUACAGAGCUCUGGAAAAGAGCCACCAGCAGAUAAACCUGUUGAAGCCCCACAGCCACCUGCAGAGCCCACCCCUGUCGAGGGGCAGGCUGCAGUGCUCUCUCUCUCUGAAAAAGACUUUGAUGCAACCAUUGCUAGGGGGAUCACUUUUAUUAAAUUCUACGCUCCAUGGUGUGGUCACUGUAAGAACUUGGCUCCAACCUGGGAGAACCUUGCCAAAGAGCAAUUUCCAGGUUUGACUGAUGUCAAAAUAGCAGAAGUGGACUGCACUGUGGAACGUAACGUCUGCAACAGAUUUUCUGUACGUGGUUAUCCUACACUUCUGCUUUUCCGAGGUGGAAAGAAAGUCAGUGAACACAAUGGAACGAGAGACCUUGAAUCACUACAUAACUUUGUCUUGCGUCAGGCAAGGGAUGAACUGUAAUAAAAGUCUGGAUGCUCUGUC